UACGGUGACGUGCCGGGUGUUUUGCGUUUUGGAAAGCGUAUUGAGAGAGUGCUCUAUGAUUCCGAUAAAAGGGAUGUGCCUGGCGUCUUACGUUUCGGCAAAAGAGACCAGGAAAAAAAGAACGUACCCGGAGUGCUGAGAUUUGGCAAAAGGGAAGAGGAUAUUCCGGGGGUGCUUCGCUUUGGCAAGCGUGAAGACGUUAUGCCCGGAGUUUUGCGAUUCGGCAAGAAGAAUGAUGUGCCCGGUGUUUUGCGGUUUGGAAAACGGAAUGAAGUACCAGGAGUGCUACGUUUCGGGAAACGUACAAUGCCGGGAAUGCUGCGAUUCGGACGUCGCUAA